AUGUUUAAUUGCUUGACACGUGGUAUAUUGGAUUGUUUUCAAGGGCCUAGUAUAACAGUUACAAAUAACUAUUCACAAUUAAUUGAAAAUAGAUGUGGAAUUAGAUUAGAUUCAAGAAAUUCAGGUUCUGAUGUUGUAAUUUUAAAAAAUGGAACCAGAAUAUGUGGUAGUGGUGGGGCUAUUUCAAAUAUUCCAAUAGAACAAAAUAAGGCAUAUUUUGAAGUAAAAAUUCAGCAAUUAGGAAUUUGGGGUAUUGGAUUGGCAAAUAGGAGUGCAAAUUUUAAUGAAAUUCCAUUAAAAGAAAAUAGCUGGUUUCUUAAAGAUGAUGGUUCAUUGUGGGGAAAUGGAGAACAUGUUGGAAAAGUUGAUUUGUCUUUUGAAGAGGGUGACACAAUAGGUGUUGCUUUUGAUCAUGUCGAUUUAAAAUUUUAUCAUAAUUCUAAUAUUAUAACGGAUACAAUAACAUCUGUCCGAGGACAAGUUUUUCCUCUACUUUUUGUUGAUAGUAAUGCUAUUCUUGAUGUACGUUUCAAGUCGUUUCAAGUAAAUCCACCACCCGGUUAUGAAGAAAUAAUGGUGGAACAAACAUUAUUAUAA